AGCAAGGCAUGACGGGUAUUGCACAACUGCUAUCUACAAGGGUAGCUCUGCACCAGCCCGCCACCGCGAGACGGUCCUGACCGCCCUUCGGCCAAUCGAUUUUCCUCCUGGGGCAUCUCGCUACACUCCAUCGGCUCUUCUGAACCCUUUGCCAACGUCUGCCUGGCAGAAAUGCCCUUACUGGAGCUGCUGCCCCCGGACCCCAGGCACCGAAGCUUCAGAGGAAUCAUGGCACGUUGGGAGAUAGGACAAGAAACGUGGGUACAUCCCAGACCUGUACACUCACGCGGUCCUUCUCUGCAAGCCGAGAGGUAGAUGUACACUCGUUUGUGGUGGGAAAUCUCGUGGAUUCGACCAACCACGACAGCAAAUGGCAAAGAAUUCCCGUCCACGAUUGAUAUCCCUUUGUCGGAGAAACCGGCCUCUGCAACAUACCGUCCAGUUACCGACCGAACUGCAUUCUAAGCAUGCAGGCAAGCGAGAUACCCCUCUUCCACUGUUCCUUGCUGCUCCUAUUGUCGUUGGAGUCCCCCUACCAAGAGCUGUCCCAACCUCGUGCGCUCAAGCUAGCACGGUCAACCGCAUGGCAUUGUCAGAGCACUGGCCACGGAUAUGGGCGUGGCUUCAGUGACUGUCUGCCGGUAUUCCCUGAACAUCGGUACCUGUCGGGUACGACCGCAACCAACAUUCUCGCAUCGAGCGGGAUGUAGCUUACAAGUGCCACUGCAUGGCAUGCUUGUGUCUGGAAUUCCAACACCACAUGACUACUUCGCGAACUGCAAAACAGAUCGGGCACAUCUUGCGCCGGUCUUUGGGCUGCUAUGAUUUUCUGAUGCUAAUGCGCCUUGCCCUCGCCAGCGUUCCGAUAUGUCCUCCCUUUCGCUUGAGCAGAGACGGUCAGUAGGCCGGUUCUUGACCCGGCAUCCGUCGGGGGUUGGCAGCUGAUCUCCAAUCGACCAAAUACAGAUUCGGCCAAGGCAAGAAAAUCGCAUGACCGGCAACAGACAGGGGUCGAUAUGCAGCCAUGUCGAUGGCGGCGCUAACUGACCUGCGUCCAGGACUCGUCGAAGUUGUCGAGGUCUAAUCUUAGCCUCGAAGCGCCAUUGCGACCCCCACCAUCCAAUCAGCAGCUUAACCUCCCACACUUCAUGCUGAUUCCUUCUUGCUUGCUGCACACUAUCAAUCGACUCCAAUCGAUCGAAAUGCUUGCCUCUCUUUGAACUGACCCGUCCUUCAACCACCUUACCAGAUGCUCAACUCAUGCGAUGCCCCUCCUCCAUCAUGCCUCCCACCAAUCCGCGAAGGGCGUUUCCAGACACAGUCGCGAUAUUCAUAGAUACAAGUUCUCCAGCAUGUGCCGGCCCUUUCUCCCAUUCGUCCCUCAUGACACAGAGUGUUCUCCUACGAUCUGAGCCUUUACCAGACCAGCACGGAGCCUCAUCCAAGCCGCAUGGCAUUGAUCUGUGUGAUCCAAAUAUAGCUCUCACGCGUGCUCGAGAACAACUCCAAGCAUCUCAUAAACAACCUUCCUCGGCCAAUGCGGCCGUGACUCUCUUCAAGGCAAACCGUUGCCCUCGCUGUCGUCCCUCUACCUCGUCGACGAGUACCUCCAUAGACAGUCGGAUACUGCUGGCCAGUGUUCGCGACCACUCCCUCGUAAUAUCCUCACAGCAGCAUCGGUUACGGUUAUUGCUUCGUGGUUACCGGCCCACGUCUCUUUGUCUUUCUGGCCUACGUUACAUGCGACAACUAAAACAUUUGCAUUGUGGUAUCAGAGAUGGCCUCCACUUGCGAGAAGAAGGCUGCGCCUGCCACCAAAGAGUCACCAUCCUCAAAGUCUUCGAAGAUGCACAGAAGGUCCCGUUCUGGCUGCUUCACAUGUCGUCUGAGACGGAAGAAGUGUGAUGAGGCCAAACCGAAAUGCAAGGCUUGCCGGCAUCUCGGUCUCGACUGCGAAUAUAAGAGGCCUCAUUGGUGGGGCAACAAUGAGAACCGAAGGAAACAUAAGGAACUCAUCAAGACCGUUAUCAAGAGGACAAAGACGAACGAGAAGAGUCUGGCUUCGCAAAGUCAAUACAUCUUGGGCAGCACAGGUAGAGGGACUUCGGAAGACUCGCCAGACGAUUAUGACACUGCUUUUGACCCACCCUUUGCGACCACUCCGGGUAUGUACGAUCCUUAUGCUGCCAACCUCUAUAUGCCUCACCCAGAAACCUGCGCAGCCGGUUACCCUUGGGAAGUAGACGUAAAGACGGAACGUCACACCUACGUGAACGAUGAACUCACGCGCCGCGACUCUUCAAUAUCGACCUUCAGUACUCUCGUUCCUCCACCUGCGCACUCCUUGUUACCAGCGUACCCAAGUGACGACUGGGUACAGCACGACUUUUGCGAGACCCGACAAGAUUCAUGGAGCGGAGAGGAGAACCUGGACUUCAACUUCUUUGACUUCUCUUCCCUCGCCCCGCAGCCUCGGCCUCAAUGUUCUAUUGUUCAGCUCGAAGACUGUGACCGUCCCCUGUUCGAUUACUUGCUCGACGAUGUGCUGCCACUCUUGUUUCCUGUUCUGGAAGCCAACCAACAUGGCUCGGUCCGUGCCGACGUCAUAUUGCCAGCUCUGGAAAACAACAAGGCGUACCUCCACUCCUGCCUCCUCGCUGCCGCCACGCAUUUGAAGGCCACUCAACCCACCUCCGUUCAGGGAGCCGAAGAUGAUGCCAUGCGCCACAAACUUGCCUUCGUCUCGAUCGUUGUCGAUGCCCUCAACAAUGACACUCACCACGCCGAGAUGUUGGACGCUUUACUUGGUAUGAUCUCACUUCAAGGAGUUGUAGGCUCAGCCAGAGACCUCGAAAAAGAAUUCCAAAUACCCUGGCACCAACAUUUCCAGGCGGCUACGGACAUUGUGCAGAAGCUUGACCUUCCAACGAUCCUUGAAAGUCACUGUCAGACAGGCGGUCACCCGCCGUUUAACAUGACUUUGACCUCCUGGAUAGACAUCCUCGGCGCGACUAUGCUGGGAAAAGCUCCCAAGUUCUCCAACACCUACCGAAACCUCUUUUUCACCGGUGCCUCUAUGGGGCUAGAACAACUAAUGGGUUGCAAUGAUCUUGUAAUGUACCUAUUGUCGGAAGUCGCCUGUCUGGACUCGCUGAAGGUUGAGAGUAAGCUUGACGACAUCGGAAUGUGCAGCCACAUCACUUCCCUGGCCCAGACUCUGGACCAGAUCGAACCCAAUGAGCCUCUACAGAUUCCCUACUCUAAGUCCGGAGCCCUUCGACCGAAGCAACUUUCGAAGAAUAUAACCGCAAUCUUUCGCAAAGCCGCGCGCAUCUAUCUCUGCUCCCUAGUCCCUGACCACAACCGCUACCAACCGGCCACUGUUAAUCUCGUCUCGCAAAUGGCCGAUCUCCUUCAGUACAUCCCCUCUGGACCCAACGGUUUUGAUCGGUGCCUCGUCUGGCCCCUGUUGAUAGGCGGUGCGAACUCUAUACCUGCAUCGCCCCUUCGCAGAGCCCUGUCCGAACGAUGCGAGAUGCUAGGAGAUGCCGCCGACCAUGGAGCCUUUGGUCGAAUGGUGCGCCUACUACAUGAAAUGUGGAGACGGAACGAUGACAUGAUUAUCUCCGCAGGAGUAUGUGAAGCCACUCCAGUUACUACCGGAAGCCCUGGGGAUUCGACAUCGACGCCGAUCAACGCAUACGCAGCCGGAGCCGCCCUCGGAACAGCUUCAGCCAACUCAGCCUCUUCAACGACCACGGUACCGAGAACCCAGAAUGUCCACUGGCGGGACGUGAUGCAGCAGAACGGAUGGGAUUUUCUUCUGCUCUAAUGGCCGUUUGUCUCUCUUCAAAGGGAUUCUUUCUCUAGAUGUGCAAGCGGGUCUUGAUGACCAGUUUUGCCGAGAUUGAUUCCCUGGGGGAUGUUCAACGCCUUUAGCAGAGCAACUACACUCGUUUCCGAAACCUGGUAGCUCCCCUUUAUCAAGGAGCGCUGUCGGAGUUUUGCCAUUCAUUUAAUACACCCCAACCCAAUCCACUGCUCAAAACUUUGCUGGCAAAGGAUUUAGUUUCUGCAUCCUGGUCUGGGUUACGACGGUCACUUUUGGGAUUACCCGGCGUUAGAGAAGAGGCUGGACGGGGCUGGUGGCAUACUUUGGCACAGCAGCAAAAUGCAUUUAGCGACGGCGCAAGGCGCGGACAUUUGGUCGUAUGGAGCACAAACGGGUUGGCCACUCUACAGUCAAUGAAAGGACGGUCAGAAUAUAAUGGGCAAACCGGCAUGAUGUGUGUGAAGACCAACCUGGGGCGGUUGUGUUUGAUGAGACUACCUAACUAGGUACCUGUGGCGGCAAGGAAGAAAUCCACAACAUACUUGAUACCCGAUGAAAGGCUGGAGCACUAACGAACAGAAAAGAAUUGUUUGUCGUCCAGACGGCCUGACGUGACUAAAUCUCUUUUCGAGCUUGCUGAAUAUCAUCACGUUUGUCAAUGUCCAGCAUCUUUUUGAUAGGCGUCGGAGGCCCAACGGACCGGGCUUGAUCCGGAGGAAUCUGAUCGCCUUUUCCGUUUUUGGACCGUUUGAAGGAAGAGUAAAGGGAAGGAUAGGGGUGUAUUUCGACUCAAGGGAGCGAUCCGAAACGUCCUUGGAUAUCAGACAACCGUUCAUAGGCCUCCAUACGAUGAAAGCGGCCGAUUCUACUGUACAGGAUCGGAUAUUAGGGAUGGGUGUCUUCCACACAUUGUCGGGAAGGGACGAGAUUAUGGGAAAUGGGAACCAAGUUCUUUGGAGAUAUACCGAGAGUCAAGGGUGAAUCCAUCUAUACAGUGGCAGCAGAUCGCUCUGGCCUGCCAUGGGAGAAAGAUGGAAUUAUGAUAAUUUCUGAUAUGAAUAUUCGGACAGAAGAACAUCACUUGUCGCGCUGCACGUGAAACCGCGUAGAAAGUGCUUCAAAACUAAAAUCCAUACCACUGCAGGUGAAGACUCAAAGAUACAAAACCGAAAUGAAACUCGACCGAGUAUUUUUAUGUCUGGUUCCUUUCCUUUCCACGAAACGUCCGACGGCAUGGCCCAAGUUGCAUUGCAUGAGGCAUCUUUGAUGGGUCUACUUUGCUACAACACCACCCCCAUGGCUCUCCCUACUUCUGUCCCCGUCUCAGUCGGACCACCAUGGGCAAAGCCAUAUCAUAUCCCCCACGGGCGACUCUGUUCGCAACCAUAUUACCCACCUAGUCUAGUACACCUCUCAAAAAGCAGGGCUGCUAGUCGACCUUUGUCCCGGGGUACUAAGGCACAUGACACGGACCAUGUAAUGCAGGAUCGCGACCUCUACAAGUGAGGCGGUAAGCGGAUCCCGACCGGGGCUGGUGGCCCUCGAAUGAUAUACUUCAGCAAGGGCCUUUCUCUUUCCGAAGGGGUGUAUUGCGCGCCUCGAUUUUGGAUCCGGCUGUCUGGGGCUGUUGAAGAGGAUGGACGCUUGUUUCGAUGUUCCAGCAUGCAUUGAGCCUGGCGCCACUUGUCGAUCGCUCUGGUCUGGACCUGGGGCGGUCGGGUGAAAACGGUUGGCACAAAACACCCCGGUCGUGUCGGAUUGGAGACUGGGGAAACUGGUGAUUUCCGGGGUAGAUAGAUAGCUGGCCUCGCACUGCAUAUGAUCUUUUGCUAGUCGAAACGAAGAAGUACAAUAGCAGAGCCGCUCCAGAUUGUUGGAAAUCUGCUGAAACGAGUGUGUGCAAUCUGGACACGCUCCUAACGCUGUCGUGGAGGACACCAAACCCGGCAUCCCGAUGGACGCCGGAAAUGAUCACGAGCAUGACACUUGAUUAAGCUCCCUAGCCCUGGGGCUUGGGGCGCUGCAUUCCCGAGACGCCACACGGUCAUAGGCUCGGGAACAUACGAAGGCAGAGGGAACUCGCGUGCCUGAGCCUGUUGCUGGUACAAACCCGGUCUUGUUACCCUUGGCACGGGUUGGAGUAAAUGUCACCUC